UCCACCGAAACCCUUCAUUCACACUCAGACACUCUGCUCUUCCCAACCCGCCUCUAUGCCCUCUCUCGCUCUCUCUACAUCUCGCCAAAGCACGCCGCCGUUGAUUUUGCUUGUAUUUCUGUCCGUGGGUUGUGUCUUUCUGUCCGAGUGUUUGGGUUCUUCAAGCUCGAAGUCCUCUCCCCCAAGCUACAUUGUUUGUGUUCCUCUCCGAUUCACAGUCUGCUGGAAGUUUAUAUUUGCUGUGUCGUUAUCUACGUUAUUUAUGGACUCACAAGCAGACCUGCCUUAUUCCACUAGUAUCAUACAAGGGGACAUUGAUGUUGACUCACAGAUUUUGGGCAUAUCUCAAAAUAAUCCAAUGUCCUCUUCUGAUUCUACACCUGAAGUUGAAUCUUCUAUGAAAACAAAAGAGGGUAUUAACUUCAAUGUAGAUGAAGAUAAACUCCUAGUGUCAGCAUGGCUCAAUACGCCAAUACUAGUGUCGAUGCCAUACACAGUUAUGAGCUAAAACAAAAUACAUUUCGUGAAAAAGUUUGGGAAUACUUCCACAAGCACAAUACCUUCGGUACCACACGUACCGCUAUUUCCCUAACAAGUCGUUGGGGAAUGAUUGACAAGGAGACAAAUAGGUUUUGUGGGUGCAUGGCUCAAGUUAAAGCAAUUUCUCAAAGUGGUACGACUGAACAAGAUAAGAUUGACAACGCGAAGGCUUUGUAUAAAAACAACUUCCAUUUAAAGUUUCAAUUUGAACAUUGUUGGCUCAUGUUGAAGGACCAACCAGAGUGGAGUGAGCCUAAGGAAAGAUCGAGGACAUUGUUACCUCCAGCUCCGGAUUCAACAUCUAUUGUGGAGGGGGAUGGUGUGUCCUUAUUGGAUGACGUUUCCAAUUUCAGGAGACCGAUUGGUAGAAAGGCCGAAAAGGCUAACCGAAAGAACAAAGCUAUCGAAAAAACUGUUGGGGAAUAUUUGGCCAAGAAGAUGAAAUUUAUUGAGGAAUCACAAAAACAAGAAAAGGACCGUAUCAAAGCAGAAAUGGUUCACUUGAAAGAGCUAAGGGAUACGGUCUAUAGGGAGAGAAUUCAAUUGGAAAAGGAAAAACUUAGAAUAGAGAAGGAAAAGCUUCGUAUCCAAGAAAUGUUUGAUGAUGAGAGAAUCAUGUUGGUGGAUACAAGUACCUUGGCCGGAGUACAAAAACUUUUUUAUGAACAACUCCAAAGGGAAAUCAUUGCUAGACGAACUUCAAGUAAAUAGUUGGUGUGACCUUAUGUUAGGAUGUAGCUAAGGACUUCAAGCAAAUUGUACAUAUAAAUUAUAUUUGUUCCAU